UUGGGAUGAGUAUGGUAUUGCAUAUGGAAUGCCAAACAAGCAGCUGGUAAUCAGACGGCUCACAUGCAUCUCUCCCUUCAGUGCAGUGAUCGCAUUGGGCAGUGAGAUGUCUGGUGGGAUCCAGGAUGUGAGGGCUGAAGAAAUUGUAGCCAUCGAUUCAGAAUCAGGAGUGAGGAUAAAAACUGCAGUAGGAAGAGGAGGGUUUGUGAAAGACAUAUAUGUAAGAGGAAUGACUAUGAAAACCAUGAAAUGGGCCUUUUGGAUGACAGGGAAUUAUGGUUCUCAUGCAGAUAACAACUAUGAUCCUAAUGCACUUCCUGUGAUCCAGAACAUUAACGAUCACGAUAUGGUUGCUGAGAAUGUAACAAUGGCAGCUAGACUGGAAGGAAUUCCUGGGAAUCCAUUCACUGGAAUCUGCAUAUCAAAUGUUACAAUUGAACUGGCAAAGAAGGCAAAGAAGGUACCAUGGAAUUGUACAGAUGUUGCUGGGGUUUCAAGUGCUGUGGUUCCUCAGCCUUGUGAAUUGUUGCCAGACCAAGAGCCAGAGAAGAGAACAGCAUGUAAUUUCCCAGAAGACAGACUUCCAAUUGAUAAUGUUCAAGUUCAGAUGUGUACUUACAACAGAAAGUAUUUCUGACACUGAACUAAAGUUUCCAUCUUUAGGAACUUAGUUCCUCUAUUCAAGGUUGACUACAAUAAGCCAAUAAAAAACAAUCCGACCAAUUGAACCA